UUUCAUACGGACAGAACAAAAUAAUCCAAAACAAAAUGGCCAUCAAGUUGGUGAUCGCUCUCGCUCUUUUCGCUGUUGUCAACGCCGGUGUUGUGGUGCCCGCUGCCGCCCCCGUUGCUGUUGCGCCCGCCGCCGUUGCUGUCGAGGAAUAUGACCCACAUCCACAAUACAAAUACGGUUACGAUGUGCAAGACACACUGUCUGGCGAUUCCAAAGGCCAUGUGGAGGAACGUGAUGGCGAUGUUGUGCGUGGCGAAUACUCUCUGAUCGAUUCCGAUGGCUUCAGACGCGUUGUCACCUACACCGCCGAUCCCAUCAACGGUUUCAAUGCCGUUGUACGUCGUGAACCCUUGGUUGCCCCCGUCGUUGCUGCUGCUCCCGUUGUGAAAGCUGCUCCAGUCGUAGCUGCCCCAGUUGCCGCUGCACCAGUGGUUAGAGCCGCCCCAUUGGCCGCCGCAGCCCCAGUUGUGCCAGCUUUUACCUACAGCCGUUUGUAAAAUGUCGGACUUUAUGUUGUGAAUAUUGUUGUAUUACUUUUGGAUUAAUUAGCUACUGUACGAAAAAAAUGUGAUCUAAAUAUAAAUU